AUGGCUGCUGGUGCAUCACUUGAAGUCGACGAGGUUAAGGAAAGAGUGCGACUAAAAGUGGGUAACAGUUUUGACAAGCACGUUUUUGAUUCUCUCGUGGGUGAAAUAGUGAAAACGAAAAUGCCUUUAUGUCUUGAGUCAUUGAAGGAGUUGGAGGAAAAGGUGUUACUUCAACAUCCCCCAACAUUCCAAAUUAUGGCUGAUAACUUGGAUCUUAUGGUGAAAGUGGAACACAUGUCAGCAUCCAGUCAAAACAAUAGCAUACACUGGUUUAACUCAAAUGCUGUGAAAAAUCGUGUGUUGGUAAACCAUCUAUCCAAUGACAAUCUUGUCAAGUCUGUUCUUGAAUUGGAGAAUGUAGAAUUUUUGCUGUCGCCUGAAGACAACGAAGCAUAUCUCCACAACAUAACUGCCCUAGAAACACCUGCAGUUGUAAGGAAUAUCCCCGCAUUGUCCCAACUUAAAGACCUUGUUGUAAAGCAUAUUCCCCAUGAAUAUUCUGAUGUGGUGAAAGAAAAAUCAGCUCAA